CACCACUGUGCACACACUACACUGUACAGUGAAUUCUACCAAUCCUACGUAAAAUCCGUGAACAGAUCCAAGUGCAGCAACCAUGGCGGCGCUCGUGUCAACGCCUCGGCACAGCGACGUCUUCUGGACCCGUAUAUUCCUGUUCGGCGCCUCCUGCGUGGCGGGGCUCAUCAUUGCACGCCGCCGGAAGCUGCACCGCUUUCACCUGCACAUCCUGAAUGCCAAAUCGGCAGACUGCGGCCGUCUCUUCGGACUCGACAUUGGCGGCACGCUGACCAAAAUGGUAUACUUCCAGUCGGCUGACGGCGCGGCCGCGGUGCAGCGACAGCAGAUGGAACGCCAGCUCAAUCGAUCCGAUCCGCUCACACCCAUCGAGCGGCGGCGCGUGGAGGGCAGCCUGCCGCUCAUCGACGACUUCAUCAUGAGUCUCCACGCGACGGACGAGGCUCAGCGUGAGGAGCGACUGCAGAUGUUUGUACCCGAGCUAGGCGGAACCAUCCACUUCAUCAACUUCCCCACGUCCAAAAUGGACGAAAUCACAGACUUUGUGCGCCGCCGUUUCUUCCACCGAUACAUCAAGAAGAUCGCGUGCACAGGUGGCGGUGCCUUCAAGUUUUCACAGUUGUUCGAGUCGCGCUUGGGCAUUGAGCUGCAUAAGGCGGAUGAGAUGGAUGCACUGAUCCAGGGUCUUAACUUCGUACUGCGUCACGCUCCCAACGAGUGCUAUACCUUUGUAAAUGUGAUCCCAGACACCCACGGACUAGGGAGUGCCACGAAGAAAAUGUUGCCAAAGCCGAACAAGAACGACUUGUAUCCGUUCCUGCUGGUGAAUAUUGGCUCCGGUGUGAGUAUUCUCAAGAUCACCGGAGAGUCGCAAUACGAACGCGUGUCCGGUACGAGUCUGGGCGGCGGAACUUUUCUAGGUUUGUGCCGUGCGUUGUCUAAGCUACGUACGUUCGACGAGGCAAUGGAUGCCAGUGUCGAGGGCGACUCGAAUGAGGUGGAUAUGACCGUGGGCGACAUCUAUGGUACUGCCGGCUACGAACAGUUCCAUCUGAAGCCAGACACAGUUGCCAGCAGCUUCGGUAAGGCCGGCGCGCGCCGCCUGCCGCAUCCACCACGAGACGCUGACCUUGCGCGCUCGCUGCUCUUCAUGAUCACUCAGAAUCUAGGCCAGCUGGCAUUUUUGAAUGCACGCCGCGUGGAGACCAAGCGGAUCUAUUUCUCAGGCAACUUCCUGCGGCGCAACGAGUUGGCGUGCAGGCAGUUGGCUUACGCCAUCAGCUUUUGGUCCAAGGGCGAAAUGCAGGCGCAAUUCUUCCAUCACGAAGGCUUCUUUGGCGCACUAGGGACGUUCUUGCAGCGCUUCAGCUCGGUCCCCGAGCUACCAGCCGUGAGCGAGACGGAGGAAAACAGCAGCGAGACGGAUGUAGAUCAGAGUAGCAGCAGUGGAGACGACCAAAAGAGCAGAGCCUCCCACACACAAUAGAGCGAGACGCCGCUGCCGCUGGCACCUUCCUGUAGGGUAUUGCAAAGACGCCCUGGCCGCAGAGAGCGAGCUUGUAGUCCUCGUUUUUGAAGAAAGAGAGUGAGAAAGUUGCUGAUACCGUAUGAUACUCCGCAUUCCUCAACAAGAUUCGUAGGACUGACUUGGGUUUCGAAGCCAUGCACAAUGUGGCCCUCACAGUGGGGCGGUGAUGCACACGCGGGCCAGGAAUAUACGGUUGACGCCAUGCUGGCCGAGACAAAUGAUGUGAAGAAGACGGUCAGCGAUGGCAAGUAGCUCAAGGCUAAUUUCCAAUUCCCUCACGUUGUAGCCGGUCUUGCCCGAGGUGGCGGCGCACUCGGCGUAGCUACCUGCCCCAAGCGACACAGUACUGAUAGCGUAUCAGGUCUUGCCGCCGCUGAUGGCGAAUUGGGCCAGCAUUGCUUCAGGGCUCGAACCAUUGCGAAACAUUCCACUGAAGCCGGUGGCCAGGUCGCGUGACGUAGAGCUUCCCACCGCGACGAUCUUGGCCACGUUGUUGUCGUACAAGUUGAUGCCGAAGUUUUAGUCGUUCACGAAAGAUACGCUGGUAGCCAAGGUCACCGCCAUCUAAGGGUGUGAGGUGGAGUAAGCCACAGGCAGAUAUCCUUGAGGAGUAAAAGUGGUUCUAUCCCCGCUCAAGACAAUUCACUCGCUCGCUGACAAUCUCGCAUAUCGCCAUAUUAAUCCGCGGCCAUGACUAAUUCACAGGAGCAAGGACCGGAUCCAGCAUCGUAAGUGAAAACCAAACGCUGUUAGAUUAGCAGAACCACCAUCGGCUUCGCCAACGCUUACGUUGACUGGUUUGUGAACUAUACUCUAGCAGGCUGUAAGGAGGGACAAGUUGAAGCCUGCCGAAGAGCAGAGUUCGCGAUGCAAAACCGAAGAUGGCGAUUUAAUUAGGAACGGCGGAAGCAUAACGAUGAUGCGAUUCGCGAUCCAACUC